AUGACUCUCCCCUCGCAUCCUCAAGUAGUUUGUAACGAAGGAGGACUUUUCAAGUUCUCAACUUUCCAAAUUCCUCUCCUUCCCUCUAUUCCCCAUCAAUUCUUGCUACAUAUCCAACAGUGGGAUAUAAGAUAUGGUAAGACAAUGGAAAGACUAACUCAUCACAAGAAAAGUAUACGCGCAAUGGCUCAAUAUCCUAAGGGAUAUUAUUCGUGUUUUGCUUCUGCAUCAACGGAUGGUAAUAUAAAAAAGAUCAACCUUCCGAAUGGACAACUUUUGCAUAACAUGAUUCCGCAACAGAUGACUAUAAUCAAUGCAAUGGCGGUGAAUGAUGAAGGAGUAAUGGCUACCGGAGGUGACAAUGGAAGCUUGUGGUUUUGGGAUUGGACUAGUGGUUAUAAUUUUCAGCAAGCUCGAACGAAGGUUCAACCUGGAUCAUCUAUGGAUACUGAUGCUGGAUCAUCUAUCAUAUAUGCUCUCACAUAUGAUGUUACUGGUGCAACACUUAUUACUUGUGAGGGUGAUAAGACCAUAAAAAUGUGGAAACAAAGAUGAAAUAUGGUGUUAAAACGUUAUAUUAUUUAUUUUCUCUGAUUCUGACUUGUGACGU